CCCCCAACCCCCACUGCUCUUGUUAGCGGAACUACCUUGCUUCAGAGCAGGGCAGUUCCUUGUACACACGACUACACUGUCCUCAACUAAACAGAGAAAACCAGUCUAAUGCUAAUGGGAUAGAAUCCAUAGUAGCCAUUUACUAUUAGUCUUUUGACCAUGUGGUGAAGAGAAACAGUCUUCAAGGUGUUGUCAUCAGUCUGCAAUCUCAGUUUGAGAGACGCCUCCACAUUUAAGCCAGGCUGUUGAGGAACUACUGAAUGGGCUAAGCAUGGGGUCAGAUGAGGCUUAUAAUUUCGUCUUUAAGGUGGUUCUGAUUGGCGAGUCUGGUGUGGGCAAAAGCAACCUGCUGUCACGCUUCACCAAAAAUGAGUUCAACCACGACAGCCGCACCACCAUUGGAGUGGAGUUCAGCACGAGGACCGUGCAGCUGAACGGCCUCACGAUCAAGGCCCAGAUCUGGGACACGGCCGGCCUGGAGCGCUACAGGGCCAUCACCUCAGCAUAUUACAGGGGUGCAGUUGGAGCUCUGCUUGUCUAUGACAUUUCAAAGCACCUUACUUAUGAGAGUGCAGUACGUUGGCUGAAGGAGCUAUACGAUCAUGCAGACCCCCACAUAGUCGUCAUGUUGGUAGGAAACAAGUCUGACCUGGCAUCUGUGCGGUCAGUUCCCACUGAGGAUGCCAAGGGCUUCGCAGAAAAGAAUGGCUUGUUGUUCAUGGAGACCUCUGCUUUAGAAUCCACAAAUGUCGAGGUUGCCUUUAACAAUGUCCUUACUGAGAUCCACAAGAAAGUGUCCAGCAGAGAAGUGACCAGAGGCUCAAUCAGUGCUGUGACAUUGACUAGCGAGAAUGCUCUAUCCACCAAUAAUGAAGAGAAUAAACCAUGCUGCAGGAAUGUCUGAUACUUUUUAAAUGGACUCUAACUCCCUUAAAGUUCAAGAAUCUCUGCUGAAAGUCUUUGUCUUGUACUCAAAAUUGAUCCACAAAGAGGCAAAAUAUCAUGUUAUACAAUAGCAUGUGAAUUUUAGUGACUAGAACAAAUAAAUUAUAUUUUUUACAAACACACUAGAUGAUCGCAGUCAUAGGCUUGUGUCUUACAGAUAAGCGUAUGGGCUUUGUGUGAAGUGGAAGAGCGUGAGUGCGUUUCACUGUUAUGUUCUGGUUAUGAUCCAUAUUGUAAUUUGUUUUUUUAAACGAGAGACACAAUUUUCACAGUAUCUGAAACCGUGGCAUAUCAAAGUGCAGGUUUACCUUUAGAUAAACUGUUGUACACCUUUCUGUUAAAUUGAUUUUACUGAUCUAAUCUGAUUUGUCUUUCCCAUCACUGCAAUAAAUGAUUCUUGUCAUAUAAAGUUCAA